AUGGUAGCCAACUCGUUGAGUCGUAGGGUUAACUCAGACUUGAGGGCUAUGCUCGCCGGUUUAAGUUUGUUGGAUGAUGGUAGCUUGUUAGCUAAACUUCAAGUAAAACCAAUGUGGGUUGGGCAAAUAAAGAGUAAGCAGUUGAUGGAUGAGACCUUGGGUACUCGUCUUAGGCAAGUAAAGAAUGGGGAGACAUUGGACUUCGGGAUAAACUGUGAAGGAGUGUUGUGUUUCCGUGGGAGAAUGUGUAUACCUAAGGACAAUGAUCUAAGACAGUCUAUUUUGCUGGAAGCACAUAGCAGCUUCUAUGCUAUGCAUCCUGGCGGGAACAAGAUGUAUCGGAAUUUCGAGAAGCUUUAUUGGUGGCCUGGACUUAAGCGCUAG